GUGACACACUAAACUUAGACCGGGAACUUACAGACAAAAGAAAACCACAAACCUAAAGCAGCUCCCAUCAUGGAGAAGUUCAAAGCUGCAAUGCUGCUGGCUGGGGUCGGCGAUUCGUUGAGCUCCAAAAACUUCAGCUGGGAAAUAUGUUCUUCUGGGUUAAAAAUUCAAGAGGCGCUGAAACAAAUGGGGGGCCUGGACAAUUUGGUCUUGUCAGUUGACAAAUGGCCAGUGAGUGAUAAUACAAUAAUGCAUAUGGCCACCGCAGAGGCUCUAGUGUCAGAUUACUGGAGUUUGGAAGACCUGUACCGUAAUAUGGUAAAGCAAUACAUUGAUGCAAUAGACAAGUUGCAAGGAAGACGCCAAGACCCAGCGACAAUCAAAGGAUGUUCUCAUUUAAAGCCGGAUAAUUAUUUGCUUGCCUGGCACACCCCAUUCAAUGAAAAAGGCUCAGGAUAUGGCGCAGCAACCAAAGCCAUGUGUAUUGGGAUGAGAUACUGGAAACCAGAGAGCCUUGAAACACUAAUUGAAGUCAGCAUUGAAUGUGGGAGAAUGACACACAACCACCCGACAGGAUUCCUAGGCUCGCUCUGUACUGCUCUGUUUGCAUCUUAUGCUAUCCAGCAGAAGCCCCUUGUCCAGUGGGGUAGGGACAUGCUAAAGGUGAUACCAAUGGCCGAAGAGUACUGCAAGAAGACCAUACGACACAUGGCAGAAUACCAAGAGCACUGGUUCUACUUUGAAGCCAAGUGGCAGUUUUACCUGGAAGAGCGAGAAAUAGCAGAAGACAAUGAAAACAAGCCCACUUUUCCCGAUAAGUAUGAUGCAGACGAAAGAGACAAGACAUACCGGAAAUGGAGCUCAGAAGGCCGCGGAGGAAGAAGAGGACAUGAUGCGCCUAUGAUUGCAUAUGAUGCUCUUUUAGGUGCUGCUGGUGAUUGGAAGGAGCUCUGUAAUCGAGCCGUGUUCCACGGAGGAGAAAGCAGUGCAACCGGGUCUAUUGCUGGCUGCUUGUUUGGGCUACUCUACGGCAUGAAUGCUGUUCCAAAGGGUCUUCACCAGGAUCUAGAACUAAAGGAACGACUUGAAUACCUGGGUGAUAAACUUCAUCAAAUAUCUACAAAGGAGAAGUAAAGCAGUUUCUGCUAUUUUCUUUAAGCAUGAUGUAGUGGGUCGUUAUCGUCUAUAAAUAUCCAACAAGAGUUAGGACACAGUUUUAUUUUAGCAAUGGCAUUUGAUGUGUUGACUAUUCGUAGUGAGCUGAGUGUUUACAGUAGUUGUAUGAGUUGUAUUUUAAUCUACUAAGUACUAAAGUUUGUGGAGGAGUAAACCAACCUCCCAUUUAACCAUAUGUGUAUAUAAGAAUACCUUUCUUCCGGGGGCUCCAGGUGUGGCAGCUGAUAAUUGGUCCUUCAGGACAGCUUUUUAUCUCUAGGUUGUGGCUCAGUUCUUCCUUCUUUCUAGCCCAUUCUUACCCAACCCACAUUCCCUUUUUGCUGUGGCUUCAU